AUGAGCUAUCCCAAGCUUUACGUCGCGUUCUUCCGACCCUUUUUCGGCAACUACCAACACUGGGCACUCUAUCUAGACAAUGAAGAAGAACAGCUCAUUUUCGAAGUCACCGGCGAGCACCCCGACUUUGAACGAAACGUCCAAAAAAGCCCACCAGAUCUGCUAGAUGGCUUUUUACACACUCUGUACGUUGGUGUCAUUGACAGGAACGAUAUCCACGCCGUCACACAGGUUGCGGAGACUGUGUUUGUGGAUAACGAGACGUUUGAGUGGGACUGUCAGGAGUACGUGUUGGAUAUACUGGAUCGGUUGGAAGAGGAGUACGUACUGGAUUGCGAUGAUGAGGAUUAUCAAGAUGCGAGGGAGGUUCUGAGGGAUGAGAGGGGAGCGAUGUUGUGA